CUCUGUACACUUUAUUUUCAUCCACAUGAAAAAAAGAAGAAAAACAAUGUGAAAGAAAAGUGUUUUGUGGUUUUAAUCAGUUAUCAGCUUAUUUUCAUAAUUGAAAUAAAGACACUCUACAUCUAAUAAUUUAAAUUACGGUGAUAUAAAAGUACUUCAGAAGUCAUAACAGCAGAAGACAUCUGGACCGUUAAAGAUGGCGCUACCCAUGUUGAAAGUUCCUAUCCAGUCGACGGCUGGUGCUAUCACUAUCCGCAAUGAAAAAGGUGACUUGACUAUGGAGAAGGUGAAGGUGAGCCGGUACGUGACGGGGAAGCGCCCGGAGUUUGCCCCGGAGAGUGAUAGUGAUGAGGAUGAUGAGCCGUUUGAGAUGCAGAAGAAGGCUGUGGCGACCGAGAGGGCAGUGGAGGAUGAGGAGGCUGACGGCGACGUGGCUGACAGACGGCUGCGCAGACUCCGCGACCGCAGAGCUGUCGACAGCGACGAUGAUGAAGACGAAGACAGAGUGGCCCGUCACCGGCGAGAGGUUAUAGAGCCAGAGGUUAUUGAGGAGGUGUCUGAGGAAGAAGAUCGGUUCAAAGGUAAAGAUGAGGAAGAAUCUAGCGAGGAGGAAGAGCUCGAUGAAGAGGAAAUUGAGAGGAGGAGAGUUAUGCUUCGUCAGCGAGCUCUUCAGAAAAGACAUGAGGAGGAAGAAGAGGUGCUACGUGUGGAGGAGGAGAAGUCUGAUGGGGACAGUGAGGAGGAAUCGUCCGAGUAUGAAGAGUACUCCGACUCGGAAGAAGAAACUGGACCUCGACUCAAGCCCGUAUUUGUCAGAAAACGAGACCGCGUGACGAUCCAGGAGAAGGAGCGCGAGGAGCUGAGACAGAAGGAGAUGGAGCUGGAGAAGAAGAAAUCGGUGGAGGACAGACGCAAACAGACACUUAAGAUCGUGGAGGAUGAAGCUCGUAAGGAGUAUGAAGAACAGCGGAGUAUUAUGGAUGCGGCCGACCUGGUCGAGACGGAUGAUGAGAACGAUGAAGAGGAGUAUGAAUCAUGGAAGGUUCGCGAGCUGAAACGACUCAAACGAGAUCGCGAGGAGAGGGAAAAGACUGAGAAAGAGAAGUUAGAGAUAGAGAGAUUGCGAAACAUGACAGAGGAUGAACGACGACAAGAGUUCCGACAGAAUCCGAAACAAAUCACCAACAAAGCACCCAAGGGCAAAUACAAGUUCCUGCAGAAAUAUUACCACAGAGGAGCCUUCUUCAUUGAUGAAGAUGACCAAGUGUUCAAACAAGACUUCUCGUCACCUACUCUGGAAGAUCACUUUGACAAGACCAUUCUACCCAAGGUCAUGCAGGUGAAGAACUUUGGACGAUCCGGCCGGACCAAAUACACACAUCUACUUGACCAGGACACGACCCAGUUUGAUUCCCCGUGGAUCUCGGACACCGCACAGAACCUCAAGUUCCACACAGCGAAGGGCGGAGGAAUGAAGCAGGUGUUUGACAGGCCGUCUGGCAAACAGAACAGAACAUAGUGGCAUAACAUGGUGGCAGCAUGCUGGCAUAACAUGGUGGCAGCACGCUGUCAUAAUUAGGGUUAAUUAGGGUUUCGUUAAUACUAUUAAAUGAGGCACCCAUUUUAUGUUCGUGACUGCCUGAAAAGUUAUUAAAAAUUAUUUUCAAAAAUCAAAAUCCCUUAUAGUUCACUUUAAUUGAACUGGUCCACUUGGAAGUAUACUGGUGGUUUUACAUAAAUAGAUACAUUUAAAAUGUUCUACAAACUGUACUAAAGUAUACAAAAACUAAAAUGGUUAUCAAAACAAAAUGUCUCAUUUAAGGAUAAAAAAAAUUUAAUGUGGGGAUUUAGUGGCAGCACACUGUCAUAACAUGGUUGCAGCACGCUGUCAUAACAUAGUAGCAACACAGUGUCGGUGUAUGUGGACAAGUACGAAGAUUUCAAGUACUUGAGAAAUGGCAGCAUCAGGAGAACUAUGUGUAUGAAUGAUUGUGGCUUGUGGAAGGUGUGUUGUGUGUUAUACUGUAUCCUUGUUUGAAAGCCGUGUGGAUGAGAUCUUCGUUUAUUUGACAGGGAUAUGAACUAGCAUGGAGCUGUUUGAAACUGUAGAGUUUCUUUUUAUGCAGCUUCUUGCUUUCUCACAUGAAAUGUGAGACCCUGGUUGCAACGUUUUAAAACGGUGAUUGUAAUAUUGAUUUAUGACAACUGAAAUGCAUAAAGUAAACAUUGUGUUCAUUAUCAUCAUCAACAAGAAAAAAACAUUUAUGGCAUGGUAGUUCGCAGAUUUCAGAUGUUCACUUUCAAGCAGAUUGUUUGGAGAAAAGAAAAAUAUUUCAGUCACAUUUCGGGAGAUAUUUGUGAUAAUGAAUAACUUAAAAUUGAAAUAAAUGUAUUAAAGAUUUUAUCAUGUGA